AUGAGCGUUGAUAAUGUGGCUUAUGUUGAACCCGACGAGAGGAUUAUUCCGAAUCUACAAGCAUGUGGCUUCGGGCAUAUCAUAAAAAUGCACAACAACACCAUAGACAGAAAAUUCAUCCUUGCCUUACAAGAGCGAUGGAGGCCUGAAACCCACACGUUUCAUCUUCCAAUAGGUGAGUGUACGGUUACUCUAGAGGAUGUUUAUAUGUUGCUUGGUCUGCCCAUUGAUGGCAAGGCUGUUAAUGGAUCUGUUCAACAUGCUAAUUCACUGUGUGAGAGAGUGUUGGGAAGAGAUCUAGUUGUGCCUACUCAAGGUUCAAGAGGCCAGGGUAUCAGUCUGGCCUCCCUUAGAGCUUAUUAUGAUGAACUCGUCUUGAGCGACAACUCUACCGAGGAGUAUGUUUGGUUAAUGACUAAGUCUGACCCUUUAGUUUUCUGUAUCAACAUAAAAUUUUAA